CAGCAGCCGGAUUCCGGCCGGCUCCUGGGACACUAGGACAGGCCACCGCAGCGAGCAGCCAGGACUAGGCGACGGAAGCCUCUCUUCCCGUCCCACCCCACCUUCCUCCGGGCCGCAACCACCCCAGUCCAUCUCUGGGACGCGGCCGCGGUGGCUAGAGCGCGGCCGGCGCCGUGGGGGCCAUCCCGGUCCUGGCCCCGACGGCGCCCCGAGGACUUGCGAGAGCCGUCCGGGGCCGAUGUACCAGGUGAGCGGCCAGCGGUCCUCUCGCUGCGACGCGCCCCAUGGAGCCCCCAGCGCAGCCCCGGGCCCAGCCCAGACCCUAUCCCUCCUUCCUGGGCUGGAGGUAGUAACAGGAUCCACUCACCCUGCGGAGGCAGCGCCAAAGGAGGGCUCUCUGGAGGAGGCGGCAACCCCCAUACCCCAAGGCAAUGGCCCUGGGGUCCCCCAGGCCUUGGACAGCACUGACCUCGAUGUCCCCACAGAAGCUGUGACAUGUCAGCCUCAGGGGAACCCCUUGGGCUGCACCCCACUACUGCCGAAUGGCUCUGGCCACCCCUCAGAGCUGGGCAGCACCAGACGGGCGGGGAACGGUGCUCUGAGUGGCCCCAAGGCCCAUCGGAAGUUGCAGACACACCCAUCUCUCGCCAGCCAGGGCAGCAAGAAGAGUAAGAGCAGCACCAAAUCCACCGCCUCCCAGAUCCCCCUCCAGGCACAGGAAGACUGCUGUGUCCACUGCAUCCUGUCCUGCCUGUUCUGCGAGUUCCUGACACUGUGCAACAUCGUCCUGGACUGCGCCACCUGCGGCUCCUGCAGCUCAGAGGACUCGUGCCUCUGCUGCUGCUGCUGCGGCUCCGGCGAGUGUGCUGACUGCGACCUGCCCUGCGACCUGGACUGCGGCAUCCUGGAUGCCUGCUGCGAGUCCGCGGACUGCCUGGAGAUCUGCAUGGAGUGUUGCGGGCUCUGCUUCUCCUCCUGAGCCUCUGUUGGGGACUGGGCCAGCCGGGCACCCCUGCAGAUUCCAGCAGGGUCCCCCUGAGUGGGGCCAGGCCUAGGACUGUCACACAAGGCUUCUGAAGGCCCCCUGUUCCUGGUCCUCUCUCACCCACCCAUGUCCUUUCAGAACCCCAGCCUUGACAAUGGUGGGGGCGUGCUCAGAGGGGCUGUUUCAGCCGUGGGUGGUGGGCCCACGGCAGAGAAGCCUGAACUCUUUAGUGGGUUACCAGGGACACACAUCACCGAAGACCUGGUGGGACAACCUAGGGGCAGGGCUGGGGUGGGGGCUGCAGGGGGCCAGCCAGGGCUGUGGAACACUGUGAAAGUUACCUGGGGAGGGAGGGGCGGUGGCUCUCUACCUCUCCCUGCUCCCGGUGCCCGCCUCUCUCCACCACCUCGGGCUUAGAGGACAGCAAAUGUGAAGACGCCCCACCCUCCCUCGGCCAGCCGUCUCCAGUCCUCCUAUCCUAGGCUUUUGUGGGGGCCUAACCCAUGCAGUGACCCCAGAAAGCAGGGCUAGGCAAGGCCUUUGGGUAGGGCGGGAGGGGGAACAGUAUGGAAAAGACUGGAAUGGGAAAGGGAGGGAAGGGAGGGAGGGUCUGUUCUAUUUGUUGCUGUAAAUAAAGAUAUUUGUCCGUCUCAGA